AUGGCGCAGCGGUUCUGGGCGCUGCGGUGCUGCUCCUGCCGCCUCUUCCAGGUGCAGCAGGCCAAGCGGAGCGGGAAGUGGAGCUGCAGCGUGUGCGGCCAGCGGCAGGCGGUGCAGAAGGUUUACGGCCAAGGGUCUGGCCUGGACUGUAGGCACCAUGUCCAGAAAUUAAACUUGCUGCAGGGUGAGGCAGAGGAAGCAAUUGGUUGGACAACUCGGUGCGUAGAAGAAUCUGUAAAUGACAGCCAAAAUAUAGCAGCCCAUCGUGAAGACAGUUCGGUCCAGCAGGAGGGGAAGGCAGAAGUCAGUCGCUGGAGUAAAUAUCUGGAUAAGGACAGUGAAGAUCAGGAAGAUGGGGAGGAGGAAGCAGAUACAGAAAGGCAACAGUUCUGUUCCCGGAGGAAGAACACUGUGGAAGAACAAAGGAAACACCAGAAGAGCUUCCUCUCCAGUGAUGUUCAGGAGUAUGCAGAAGAAAAUGGAGUUUUCCAGCUUGCCUACCAAGCCAAAAAGGUUAAAACCUUUAGUUGUAGAAGAUGCUUCCUACCAAGAUGUUUAGUAGCAGUGCCUGAUCAAGAUGAUGGAAGUGCUGUUUCUGGAGACAGUAUGGUUCCUGCUGUCUGUGAGUCUGUAGCGCCUGAGGAGAAUACACAAACCCCAACUGCUUGUACCAAACCCUCGAAGUGGGAAAAAUUUCUCUCAUGUUCUGACAGCUAUAGCAAAAAUGCUGCCAGGGUCACCUUGUCACCACAGGAGGGCAGUGGAAGGUUGGGGCUUCACAGCACCGCUGCAGCAGAUGCUGGUACGGCCAGUAGGUGCUCGGAACAGGCUGGAAGAACUCUACCUCAAGGUACAGGUUUUGAAUUUAAAAAGUGUGUUGCUAGCCCUGAGCAUCUUGCCUCAAAACUGCCUUGCACCACAGUGCUCAGCACCACUUGCUCAGUUGAGGAGGAUGUGUUAUUCAAAGAACCUCAAAGCCAAUUGAUAAGGGCAGGAUGUGGUGGUGUAGAGACCACUACAGGAAGGUGCUGUUUGGAUAGCACAAGGAGGGCAAACACCCUUGCUAACCGUACCACUGGGCCAAAGCCUAGCAGUGUUUCUUGUCAACGCCUCUUCUGCACAAGUGAGGAGUUUGAUGAUGAUCUCUGA